AUGGGGUUUGAGGCAAAUUUGCAACAUUCCUCCACAAGGGGCCUGCUGCAGUACAGCCACGAGAAAGGGGAGAAGGGCGGCAGCCAGUUUUUCAAGUUCAACCUGGUGGAUCCGGAGGGCAACAAGCUGAUCGACCAGUCCUUCUUCAUCAGCGUGCUCGAGGACCGCCUCCCCCCCUCUGUGGUGGUGAACAAAGGUCUGGUGCUGGAUGAGAACACCAUGAAGAAGCUGACCACGCUGCAGCUGUCGGCCAGCGACCAGGACAGCGAGCCGGGGGAGCUCAUCUACCGCAUCACCAAGCAGCCGGGCCUGGGUCACCUGGAGCACGUGGCCAACCCAGGCACCCGGAUCAGCACCUUCACUCAGGCCGACCUGGCUUCACGCAGCGUCCAGUACGUCCACAGCAGUGAAGAGGAGAAGCACGCCGACCAGUUCUCCUUCACCGUGUCCGACGGGACCAACGAGGUGGCUCAGACCUUCUACAUCACCAUCAAACCGGUGGACGACUCCCUGCCGCUGCUCCAGGUCCCCGGCAUGAGGGUGCAGGAGGGCGUGAGGAAGACCAUCACCGAGUUCGAGCUGAAGGCCACAGACGCCGACACGGAGGCGGAGUUCAUCGUCUUCACCGUGGUCCAGGCUCCUCGCCACGGCACCGUGGAGCGCACCAGCAACGGGCAGCACUACCGGCAGACCAGCAGCUUCAGCAUGGACGACGUCUACCAGAACCGCAUCAGCUACAACCACGACGGCUCCAACUCGCUGAAGGACCGCUUCACCUUCUCCGUGGCCGACGGCACCAACCUGCUCUUCAUGGUGGAGGAGGGCGGCAAGGAGAUCGUGACGGCCGCUCCCCAGAAGUUCAAGAUCGAUAUCCUGCCGGUGGACGAUGGAACUCCGCGGAUCGUCACUAACCUGGGUUUACAGUGGCUGGAGUACAUGGACAACAAGGCCACCAACCUGAUCUCGAAGAAGGAGCUGCUCACCAUGGACCCCGACACCGACGACGGGCAGCUGGUGUACGAGGUCACCACCGAGCCCGGGCACGGCUUCCUGGAGAGCAAACUGAAACCCGGCAGCCCCGUCAGCUCCUUCACACAAGCCGACGUGAACCUGGGUCUGAUCCGCUACGUGCUGCACGAGGAGAACGUCCAGGAGACCAUGGACACCUUCAGGUUCCUGGUGAAGGACAGUAAACCCAACGUGGUCAGCGACAACGUCUUCCACAUCCAGUGGUCGCUCGUCAGCUUCCAGCACAAGAGCUACAACGUGAGUGAGAAGGCCGGCACGGUGGCGGUGACGGUGAAACGAACUGGGAACCUGAACCAGUACGCCAUCGUGCUCUGCCGCACGGAGCAGGGCAGCGCCACCUCCACCAGCAGCGUGGGGUCGAACCCCGGCCAGCAGGACUAUGUGGAAUAUGCUGGACAGGUCCAGUUCGACGAGCGCGAGGACACCAAGGUCUGCACCAUCGUCAUCAACGACGACAAAGUGUUCGAGGGAAUCGAACUGUUCCACGUGGAGCUGAGCAUGCCCGUGUACGCGCUGCUCGGAGGAAACACCCGCGCCAUCGUGAACGUGAACGACACCGAGGACGAGCCCACGCUGCAGUUCGACAAGAAGAUCUACCACAUCAACGAGAGCACCGGGUUCAUCCACGCUGCCAUCGAGAGGAAAGGUGACACCUCCAGCACCGUGUCCGCUCUCUGCUACACCGUGGCCCGGACGGCUCAGGGCAGCAGCCUCCACGCGCUGGAGUCCGGCUCCGACUACAAGAGCCGCGGCAUGACGGGCGACAACCGCGUGAUCUUCGGCCCCGGCAUCCGCUUGUCCACCUGCGACGUGAAGCUCAUCGACGACAGCGAGUACGAGCUGUCCGAGGAGUUCGAGCUGGUUCUGUCGGACGCCUCGGACAACGCCCGCGUGGGGGGGGUGACCGUGGCCAAGGUGGUCAUCGAUGGACCCAACGACGCGUCGACUGUGACUCUGGGGAACGCCACCUUCACCUUCAGCGAGGACGCAGGCACGAUUGAGAUCCCGGUGCUGCGUCACGGCAGCGAUCUGUCCUCGCUGACGUCCGUGUGGUGCGCCACUCGACCUUCAGACCCCCCCUCAGCCAGCCCGGGGGUCGACUACAUCCCCAGCUCCAAGAAGGUGGAGUUCAAACCUGGCAAGACCGAAGAGACCUGCAGUUUGACCAUCAUGGACGACAUCCAGAACCCGUCCAUCGAGGGGUCCGAGUCCUUCGUGGUGUUCCUCAGUUCUCCACAGGGGGCGGUUCUUCAGGAGCCGUACGAGGCCAACGUCAUCAUCAGCGACACCUUCCAGGACAUUCCCAGCAUGCAGUUUGUUAAGAGCGCCUACACCGUGAAGGAGAAGGACAGCGUCCUCCACAUCCCCAUCAUCCGAGCCGGCGACCUGUCCUUCAAGUCUUCAGUGCGCUGCUUCACCAGGACCAUGUCGGCCAUGGUGAUGGACGACUUCGAGGAGAGAAGAAACGCCGACGAGUCACGGAUCACGUUCCUCAAAGGAGAGAAGGUGAAGAACUGCACGGUCCACAUCAACGACGACUCUGUGUUCGAGCCGGAGGAGGAGUUCCAGGUGCAUCUUGGGACGCCGCUGGGCGACCACUGGAGCGGCGCCAUGGUGGGCGUGAGCGACAUCGUCACCAUCACCAUCACAAACGAUGAAGAUGCUCCCACCAUCGAGUUCGAGCAGGCGUCCUAUCAGGUGAGAGAACCUCCUGGUCCGGACGGGGUCGAGGUGCUGAACAUCAAGGUGGUGCGGGGGGGCGACCUGGACCGGACCUCCAAGAUCCGCUGCAGCACCCGGGACGGAUCGGCCCAGUCCGGCGUGGACUACAACCCCAAGAGCCGGGUUCUGAAGUUCCCCCCCGGGAUGGACCACAUCCUGUUCAAGGUGGAGAUCCUGUCCAAUGAGGACAGGGAGUGGCACGAGUCCUUCUCAUUGGUCCUCGGCCCCGAUGACCCUGUGGAGGCGGUGCUGGGGGAGAUCAAGACGGCUACCGUGACCAUUCUGGACCAGGAAGCUGCCGGAAGCCUCAUCCUGCCUUCCACACCGAUCGUGGUGUCGCUCGCCGACUACGACCACGUGGCCGAGGUGACGAAGGAGGGCAGUAAGAAGACGCCCUCCCCGGGUUACCCUCUGGUCUGCGUCACCCCGUGUGACCCCCACUACCCCAAGUUCUCUGUGAUGAAGGAGCGCUGCGAGGAGGCCGGCAUCAACCAGACGCAGGUCCACUUCUCCUGGGAGGUGGCGGCGCCCACCGACACCAACGGAGCCCGCUCGCCCUUCGAGACGGUCACAGACACCACGCCCUACACCGGCGUCAACCACAUGGUCCUGGACAGUAUUUACUUCAGCCGGCGUUUCCACGUGCGCUGUGUGGCUCAGGCCCGAGAUAAGUCCGGUCACCUGGGGACGCCGCUGAGGAGCAACAUCGCCACCAUCGGCACCGAGGGCUCCAUCUGCCACACGCCUGUGACCACCGGAACCGCCAGAGGCUUCCAGGCCCAGUCCUUCAUCGCCACGCUCAAGUACCUGGACGUGAAGCACAAGGAGCAUCCCAACCGAAUCCACAUCUCGGUGCAGAUCCCCCACCAGGACGGCAUGCUCCCCCUGGUGUCCACCAUGCCUCUGCACAACCUGCACUUCCUGCUGUCGGAGUCCAUCUACAGGCAGCAGCACGUCUGCUCCAACCUGGUGACCCUCAAAGACCUGCAGGGGCUGUCCGAGACGGGCUUCCUGGACGACGUGUCCUACGACAGCAUCUCUCUGGGACCGGGCUUCGACCGCCCGUACCAGUUCAACCCCAACGUCCGGCAGACCAAGAGCAUCCAGCUCUACAAGCACCUGAACCUGAAGAGCUGCAUCUGGACCUUCGACGCCUACUACGACAUGACCGAGCUCAUCGACGUGUGCGGGGGGUCGGUCACCGCCGACUUCCAGGUCCGGGACUCGGCUCAGUCCUUCCUGACGGUGCAGGUUCCGCUCUACGUGUCCUACAUCUACGUGACGGCCCCACGAGGCUGGGCGUCUCUGGAGCAUCACACCGAGAUGGAGUUCUCGUUCUUCUACGACACCGUUCUCUGGAGGACAGGAAUCCAGACGGACAGCGUCCUCUCAGCCAGACUCCAGAUCAUCAGGAUCUACAUCAGAGAAGACGGACGACUGGUGAUCGAGUUCAAGACCCACGCCAAAUUCAGAGGUCAGUUUGUCCCCGAGCACCACACCCUCCCCGGACACAAGUCCCACCUGAUGGCGCCCGACCACCUGGGGGGCAUCGAGUUCGACAUGCAGCUGCUGUGGAGCGCCCAGACCUUUGACUCUCCGUACCAGCUGUGGAGGGCCACCAGCUCCUACAGCAGGAAGGACUAUUCUGGAGAGUACACCGUCUUCCUGAUCCCCUGCACCGUCCAGCCCACUCAGCCGUGGAUCGACCCCGGGGACAAAGCUCUGUCCUGCACGGCCCACGCUCCGGAGAAGUUCCUGGUGCCGAUCGCCUUCCAGCAAACCAACAGGCCCGUCCCGGUGGUGUACUCCCUCAACACGGAGUUCCAGCUGUGCAACAACGAGAAGGUCUUCAUGAUGGACCCGGCCACCGCAGACGUGUCCAUGGCGGAGAUGGACUACAAGGGAGCGUUCUCCAUGGGUCAGACUAUGUACGGCCGGGUGCUGUGGAACCCUGAGCAGAACCUGAACGCAGCCUACAAGCUGCAGCUGGAGAAGGUCUACCUCUGCACCGGCCGGGACGGAUACGUCCCCUUCUUUGACCCCACGGGGACGCUGUACAACGAGGGGCCUCAGUACGGCUGCAUCCAGCCCAACAAGCACCUGAAGCAUCGCUUCCUGCUGCUGGAUCGUAAACAACCGGACGUGUGCGACAACUACUUCCACGACGUUCCCUUCGAGGCUAACUUCGCCUCCGACAUCGUGGAGCUGCAGCCGGUAGCCGCCAUGCCGGGCGUGGACGGCUUCACCAUGAAGGUCGACGCCCUCUACAAGGUGGAGGCGGGGCACCAGUGGUACCUGCAGGUGAUCUAUGUGAUCAGCCCGGAGUCGAGGUCCAGCCCCCGGAUCCAGCGCUCGCUGACCUAUCAGCUGAGUCGGCCCAGACGGGACCUGGUGGACCGCAGCGGGCGCCUGACGCUGGACGAGUCUCUGAUCUACGACAACGAGGGCGACCAGGUGAAGAACGGCACCAACAUGAAGUCGCUCCGCCUGGAGGCCGGCCCCUCCCCCAGCUUCAACGCGCACGUGGGCAGCUCGGUGGGCGGGGGCGUGGCCGCCGUCACCAUGCUGGUGCUGGUGCUGCUGGCUUCCUGCUUCCUGUUCGCCCGCUGCCGCCGCCGCGCCGCCGAGCAGAAGAAGAGCCAGAGCGCGGCCAAGGCCUACGAGGAGUACCCGCUCAACACCAAGGUGGAGGUGUGCAUGGACAAGUGUGUGGAGAAGAACUUCAGCUCCAAACACUGCACAGUGAGGAACGUCAACAUCCUCAACCGCAACCAGGACGCCAACAACAGCAAGGCCAAGGUCAAACAGGUCAACCUGGAGGUCAAACUCCACAACAACCUCAACGACGGCACGGAGGUCUGAGGAGGAAGAGGAAGAGGAAGAGGAGGAGCAAGUAGAAAUAUAAAGAAAAAAGGUAUUUUCUAAAGGAGAGUUUGUACUUACGGAGCGAGAUGUUUGUUAAUGUAUUUUUAUACCACUUUGAAAAAGGGAAGAGUGUGAAGCACAGAUGGCCACGCGGCAUUUUUAACCAUUUCACAACUGGGCUACCUCAGGAAUCCACAAACCGCCUUCAUCCGAACCCGUCGCUCUAUUCAUCAAAACCCUCUACUUCUCCUUUCACCUCAUGUUCAGCCGAGACGCUGGAGAUUGUUCUGAAUAAAAAAAAAAAAAUCGCUCAGCGCUGCUAAGUCGACCGCUAGUCCUCCUAGACGUCUUCCUGUUCUUCAUCCUGCAGAAGACUCCAGAGAGAGAGAGAGAGAGAGAGAGAGAAAUGAUAAACGACAAACGAGGCCUUUUCAAGUGCAAUUAACGCCAUCAGACGUCUUUCGAUCUCAUGAGCUGGAGCUUUUAUUUGCAUUUUUUUUUUUUUAAACGUGUCUUUCAUGCCUUACUCCGACAGCUGCCAACAUUAAGUGCCAUGCAGUGUUUCUCCUCAUGAAUUCCAUCCAAAGAGUCCGAGAGUGAGAGGUGGAGAGUUGAUGGUUCGGAUCCCGUCCACAUGACUGAGAGUUUUUAGCCUAAUCACUGAAAUUAACCACUUUUUAAAUGAUGUAUUUUGUAAUAGAUGUGUGCGUCAAAAGACACAGAAUCCGCCCCCCCCAUGUAUUAUUCGUAUUAUCUUACCCUCUUAUGAUGUAUUAUGUUACGCUACUGACGAUGUUAAGACUACUGGUAUUUUUUAUUUUUAAAGUGUAUGACACUGGUUGGAGAGCAACAAAAAAACAAACUCUCUCUCUCCAUUGGUCCCCUUAGAUCCCGCCCCCUGUCUUCUUUUUUUUUCAACUGCGUGCCUAUCAGACAAUAUCGGAAUUGGGGAAUUCUGGGGAAUAAAACAUUAUAUAUUUUUGGUGCUAUCAUUUUGUGGAGAAUAACUAUGAUGCUAUCAAUACGAUGCCUGUAUUUGGUGCCUUUUUUUGGUAAUAAAAAAGAAACACAACCCUC